AGCACGUUAACUGUACCAGCUGUCCCUUCUACACCUCACCGACGACACAAAUCGAGCAGUGUGCCGUCUUGGCCUGCGACCCGUCUCUGCUGUGAAUACCGACAUGCAUGCCAUGCGAGGACUAUCUAGCAACUACUAACCAGGACCGAGUGCCGAUACCAUAAACUGCGCAGCGCGUAAACGGCAGCGUGGACCCUGUGUCAUCACGUGACGUUUGCAUCGGAGAUCACUUCGAGGAGGUAUGUAUACAGGAACAGGUAGAGACUAAGCACUGCCCAAACAGCUAUCGUCGACUUCACCGAGUGCCAACUAGCUGGUCUGCCUGGUGCCACAACAAGCAGGAAACGUUUCGAGCUGGUCUACCAGGGGGCUAGUAGUAUCCUCAUUCACCUGUCCAGCUGCACGAUCCACGAUCGGCGACUAGAAAGCGGAAUGCCGUGAGUUCGAUGGCGUACACGCCUCCCACGAACGGUUCUUAUAUCUAUGGUAAGUUGAAUAGUUCUCGUACUAAUUGUCGUGCCCACGCGAGCAGCUCAGAAGAGUAUAUUAGGGUUGUAGAACCGCGCGGACAAACCAGACGGCGUCCAUCCGAAUCGACGCCACCACAGCUAUAUCUGAUCAAAGUACCUAGGCUAUAUGCCACUCUUCCAGGUCAAUCGAACGAGACUACCUUAUUGUGCUAGCAACGCACACCGACGGUGUCACAUAUACCCCACGCAAGAGAAAGUGCCGGGCUGCGCUCUUGACGCUAGCAUUAUACUUUGCUUCUCUACCACUAUCGCGGGACGA